AUGAGCCAAAUAACAAGUGAAGAGAUUAUACGGGAUUCCUAUAAUCAGAGGGUCAAACUAGACAAACCUCAGGAAACCAUUCAAGAUAUCGAGGAACUACGGUCUUUUCAACUCAAGAAGCGUAGAGAAUUCGAACAACAGAUCAAUUUAAAUAGACUCAAUUUUGGUGUUUGGAUACGAUAUGCCAAAUGGGAAGUUGAAUUCAAUCAUGACUUUAAGAGGGCAAGGUCAAUUUACGAAAGGGCUCUACAGGUCAACAUAGAGCACAUACCCUUCUGGAUAAAUUAUAUCAAAUUCGAAUUAAGUAAUAACAAUAUCAAUCAUGCUAGAAAUAUUCUCGAUAGGGCUAUCACCACUUUACCCCAUGUUGAAAAAUUUUGGUACAUGUAUGUCCAGGCAGAGGAAGCAUUACAGGAUUAUACCAAAGUAAGGACGUUGUUCCGAAAUUGGAUUGAUUGGAGACCUUCUACAGGAGUUUGGGAUUCAUGGAUAAAUUUCGAGAAACGGUACGAUGAGGUUGACAAUGUACGUGAUAUUUUCAGGAAGUACGUCACAGAAGUAAGCAGAGGAGAGGUGUGGAUGAAAUGGAUAAAUUUUGAAAUGGAAUUGGGAAAUAUCGAAAUUAUAAGGAAUGUUUUUGAGUUAUCUGUCGAUACUUUAUUGAAAUCGAACAGGGAAGACGAAGCACUUCCUGACAUUGUGCUACAGUUCUCCAUUUGGGAAUAUAAGCAACAGGAAACUGAAAGGGCCAAUGAAAUCUUUAAAUUGAUCCUUGAUAAAUCAAAGUUCAGGUUCACAGAAAAUCAACAUAUGAAAUUUUCAACUAAUUAUUAUGAGUUCGAAAGAAACUAUCGAUUUUCCGACGAUGUUGCCUUCAAACGAAAACUCAAAUACAUUUCUAAUGUAGAGAGUAAUCCAAAUGAUAUAGACUCGUGGUGGACAUUGAUAAGUCUAAGCCAGGGUAAUGAGACUUUAACUAAUUUAGAGAAAUCCGUAUCUACAAGUCCACCAGAACAAGAAAAGACUUUGGUGUGGAAAAGAUAUAUAUUUUUGUGGAUAAAGUUAGCAUUUUAUUACGAAUUCAGUGUCAAGAAUAUCGAGAAAGCUAGGGAGACGUGGAUUAAAUGUGUCGAAAUGUUGAGUGGAAAAUCUUUUUCAUUUGCUAAGAUUUGGACUAAUUAUGCUGAUUUCGAGAUCAGACAAAAUGAUCUCGCCCAAGCAAGAAAAAUUAUGGGAAGGGCCAUUGGGUCUAUGAUUAAACCCAAGGAUAAAGUAUUCAAAUAUUAUAUCGCUUUAGAGAAGAAAUUAGGCGAAUGGGAUAGAAUAAGGAAAAUUUUCGAGAAAUGGUUCGAAUUGAGUUUAAUCAAGAGCUCAUCAGCUAUAAAGGUAUUAUUGACCUAUGUGGACUUUGAAAAAGAAUUAGGCGAAUUGGAUAGAUGUGAAAAUUUAUUUCUCCUAGGUUUGAAGUUGGUAGAUAAUUCCAUCACAGGAGAAAAGUUAACUCCUUAUGAUUUGCUUUAUACUUCUUUUAUCAACUACUAUAAGGAAAAUUUCGAAUACGAUAAGGCUAGAUCACUUUAUGAACAAUUGAUAUCAGAAAACGAUGACGUGAAGGUAUGGAUCUCAUUUGCAAAUUUCGAAUCGUCUAUUCCGAAUGAAAGUCAAUUGAUGGAUUUCAAUUCAAACACUCAAACCGAAUUGGAGGUGGAAAUUGAAGAAACUCAAAAGGAGAAGUCAAGAAAAGUUUUUGAAAGAGCAUUGAACCAUUUCAAAACUGAAAAUAAAAAUGAAGAAAGACUAAUCAUUCUUCAAGCUUGGAAGAGUUAUGAGAUGGACCUUGGAGAUAACGAAUCUCUCUCAAAAGUAGAAAAGAAAUUUCCUACAAUCGCCAAGAGAACCAAGACAGAAGACAAUAUCACUAAAGAAUACCUCGAAUACGUCUUCCCUGAGGAGAAACCAGAUAUCAACAAGUUCUUGCAAAAUGCAAAAAAAUGGGCAGCAGCAAAAUCUUAG